GUCGAGAUGGGCAAAUUCAUGAAACCCGGGAAGGUGGUGCUGGUCCUGGUCAGAUGCUACUCUGGACACAAGACGGUCAUCAUGAAGAACAUUGAUGAUGUCACCUCAGAUCUUCCCUACAACCUUGCUCUGUUGGCUGGAACUGACCGCUCUCCCCUCAAAAUGACAGCUGCCAUGAGCAAGAAGAAAAUCGCCAAAAGGUCAAAGAUCAAGUCUUUUAUGAAAGUUUAUAACUACAAUCAUCUCGUACCCACAAGGUAUUCUAUGGAUAUCACCUUGGACAAAGCUGUCAUCAACAAGGAUGUCUUCAGAGACCCUGCUUGUAAACACAAGGCAUGACGAGAGGCCAAGGUCAAGUUCGAGGAGAGGUACAAGACCGGCAGGAACAAAUGGUUCUUGCAGUUGCGGUUUUAAAUGUUUUGUUUCAGUCAUUAAAAAUACAAAACAAACAAACAAACAAACUGCAUGAAAAGAGGCAGUAGAGAAGAAUAAACAUCUGGCAUACAACUCUGAAAAAUCAGAACUUUA